AUGCGUGAGGCACCGAGUCCAGCAUUGAACACAUCAGAGGAGGAGGACGCCGCAGCCCUGGAGCCAACAGAGGACGCCGCAGCACCACCAACAAAACGCGGCCGCCACCGUGUCCUCGCCUGCGCGACGCUCGCGUCAAUCAUAAAUGCCUUCAUGUUCAUGAACUUUUCGCCUAUCGUCGAGCUCAGCCGGAGGCGCUUCCGCGCAACGGAAGGCCAGGUCUCGUGGCUCUACUCGGCGGCGCUGCUCGCCACGCUGCCCUGCUUCUUCGCCGGGGCGACGCGCAUGUCCAACGCGGACACGCAGCGCGGCGCCAUUCUCGCCAUACAUGGGUUGAACGCCGUCGCGGCGCUGCUGCGGCUCGCCGCCGUCGCCCGGGCGAGCUACGCCGCCGCCGUCGCCUCGUCGCUGGCGCUGGGCGCGGGCACGUCGCUCGUCGUCGCGUCUUACGCCGCCGUGCCGUUGUUGUGGCUGCCUCCACAGGAGCGCGCGGCCGGCGUCGCCUGGCUCGUGCAGGGCAAUUAUGCUGGGUGGGCCCUCGGGGCCGCGGCGACGCCGGCGGUCGUCGUCGACGGCCAUUCGUUCGGGCGAUUCAUGUUCCUCCAGGCGCUUGCGUGCGUCGUGAUGGUGCCGGUCGCGCAGCUCCUCCUGCCCGGGAGCGCGGCGACGCGGGAGCCGUUGCUCGAGGGGCCGCCGGUCGCGCGGGCAACGCUCGGGAAGACACUUACGGACCUGGCGCGGCGACCGCGCUGGUGCGUGGCGUGCGCCGCGUACGCGGUCGCGGCGGGCGUCGGCUUCGCCGUGCCCGCCGUCGUGGACGACAUUCUUGGGGACGUCUGCGGCGCGGCGCCGCGGCGCGCGGCGCGCGUCGGUGUGGUUUUCAUCUUGGCGGGCGUGGCCUGCGGCGCGUUACUCGGUCGGUGCCCGUGCGAGAAACGCCGGCGGCCGCUGCUCGUCGCGCUGCUCGCUCUCGGCGCCGUCGCGCUGGCCGCUCUUCACGUUGCGACGGCGCGGCCGCCGUGCCGGCCCCUCGACGCCUUCGGCGGCGCGGCUGUGGCGGGCGCGGCGACGAUCGGUUUUGUUGGGCCCGCGCUGGCCGAAGCAGCAGCGAGCGCGGGCCCGGACUCGACGGUCAUGGCGGGAGGUAUCGUGGAGUGGUGGAUCCAGGUCCUCGGCGCCGUCGUGACGCAGGCCGCGACGCGCCGGAACGGGUUCGCCGUCUGCGCGUGUGCGCAGGCCGUGGCUGCCGUGUUGCUGGCGGGGACGCUGCUUUGCCGACGGCCUCCUGAGGAGUAGUGUUUUUUGUUGUCCCCCUACUUAAGUAGCUGUCGCGACUGACUCCGCAGUCCAUUAAAACGGGUUUUACAGCUAAUUUUGCAAAUUUUGUGCUGAGCGUGCACGCGUAGGCUCGGCGCGCAUAUCGCGUGACUCUAGAUCGCGCCGCACGACCGGUGAUUGCAGGGGAGCGCGACAUUACAAGCUCGUGGCCCCUCACCUCUGAAUUGCACUGCAAGUACUAUCAUCCUCAGUGACGACUUCUAGCGGUCGCACCGGUCCUGCCUGCGUUGCAUUUAUUCCCAAACUACUUGCCCUAAGCAACAGGGGGACCUAUGGUGUUUCAGUUGGCAGCAUGAAUUCUACGCUCAAUUUUAUCGAUGGUCAUCAAAUUAGCUAUGCGGUGGCCGGCGCCUGCGCGCUUUUCCUCUUCCUGCUCUUGCUCUUUGAGUUACUACGGACGCGCCUCUAUUGGAUUUACGAGCCUCGCGUCCAUCGCGACGACUACAAGUCAAAGACGCCGCCCGCGCCAGACAGACGUUCUUCGUGGUCGUACUCCUCACGAUCGUGCUGAUCCCCGCCUGCGUCGCCUACUUGUACUUCUGCCGGAAUCGGAAGGCAAAGGUCGAGCAGCAACGCGUAGAGCCUGCCCAAAUUCGUCGAGCUCCCUCGCGCGAGGAGCUCGUCGUCGGCGGCGCCGCGCCUCCGCCGCGGCGAAGACAACGACGACAGAUCCACGUGCUCAAACUUUGGCUCUACGCCCUCGCCUUGGUCUUGUUCUUCGGGGGUUGGCUGGCCUGGAAGAACGACUUGAACGGAACGUGGUGCUUCCGCCGCGACUCGCCGUUCUAUUGGCUCCAGGGCCACGCCGUCUGGCACGUGUUGACGAUGGGCGCGCUGGGCUGCAUCUACUAAUUCUUUCGAUCAGAGAGACUCGUCGAGUAGCCACUCAUAAUUUAAAACAUGUAC